GCCAGUAGUGAGUCCGCAGCUGCUGUCAGUUAGCCUCAGAGAGUGGACGUGAUGGGGAACACAGCAGAGCUGGAAAAACACGACUUAAAUGUUUGAAGAAGUAUGAAAAACAACUUUUAAAAGUUACUUGAGUAGUGAUUAAAGCUUACGACGUUAUGUGGUAGUAUCUUGGAGAGAAGCAGCAACUUUUGGCAGUACGUCCUUUCUUAAUAGGAAUUACAGCCAGUUUUCCAGGAGGAUGUCAAACCCCAGUAACUCGCUCCAGCAGCCCAGGGUGAGACGCAGCAAUGCGGGCUCUCCAGGCUCCUCCAGCAGCAGCUGCCGUCUGCACCCCAUCCGAGCCACCGUGCCCUACCAGCUCCUGCGUGGUGGAGGACCGAGCAGCCCGACGCGGUCCAGCCAGCAGACCCUCCACGGUGGUGGUGGUGGUGGAGGAGGUGGUGGAGCCACGACCAACAGCCGAGGCUCAAGUCCUCCAUCCAGCCCUUCACUCACUUCAGGAAAUGCUAAGCAAAGACUGUCUCCUGAGAAUAAGGACUCCUGUCCUCCACCAGACUCUCCAGUCUCCAGAGCAGAAAGGUCCAAGUUACAGGUUCGGAGUUCCAGUGCCAUCCGGCGGACAUCUUCCCUGGACGCCAUCACAGGGCCAUACCUCACCGGUCAGUGGCCUCGGGACUCCCAUGGACCCUACCCUUCCUGUAUGAAAGACAAAGCCACACAGACUCCAGGUCUCUGGAUUGAUGAGGGAGCAGAACAGGGAAGUCCUCACCAGCGGUCAGCCUCCUGGGGCAGCGCAGACCACCUCAAAGAGCAGAUUGCUAAACUGAGACUGCAGCUGCAGCGCAGCAAACAGGUCAGCCGGCAGAGCAAAGACAGGGAGCACAGCUCACUGCAGCUGCAGCAACAGGCGCAGUAUGGCACUGCAUGCCAACCGCAGUACAAGGGGACUUCAUCAGCCCUGUCAACAAUCCCUGUGCCAAAAUCCUUCAUAUGCAGGGUGCCGAGCAGCGUGGAGGGAAUCAGCCACGAGCUAGAAAAUGUGUUUAUCAGAGAGGACUGGGAGCAGGGGAUACAGACCAUGGAUGUGGUGGAUGGCCGCCGCGCCCCCUUCCCUCCGCAUCACUACAGCAGCAGUGGGGACACACGUGACACGGACACGCAGGCCCCUUCAAGUGGUGACUCCAGCCCGUCGCCCCGCCCCUGCAGCUCUGACCACGUACACUCUCCUGAUGGAAGCCCGUGCUCUGCAGAGGAAAUCGACAAAGACAUUUGCAGUUCUCCUCUCCCCAAGUUUGCCACAUCUCCCAAACCUAACAACAGCUACAUGUUCAAACGGGAACCUCCAGAGGGCUGUGAGAGGGUCAAAGUGUUCGAGGAGAUGGUAUCCGGCAAAUCAAAAGGCUUCCCGCUCUUCUCGUGCCCUGACAAAAACAAGGUGAACUUCAUUCCCAGAGGCUCUGCCUUCUGCCCCGUCAAACUCCUCUGCUCCUCCCUCUUCUCCCCCGUCAUUCCCUCAUCCUGCUCCUCCGCCAGCCCCGGUCUCCAUGGCAACGACAGCCCAGGGCCUCAGGUGACCCCAACUCUGCCCACUGCACCACUAGCUACCUUUCCGGCCUCCGCUGACUGGAGCACCGACACAAGCACAGGCGUAAACACAGAUAACCGCACAGAUAGCCAGAGCCCCGACACAGAUGGCGCAGCACAAGUUCUCCUCACCAGCUAGUCCUCAGGUAUUCAUAACCAAACCACCUACGGCUGAAACUUUACAGCUAGUCAGGUGGUAUGGCUAUAAAACAAACAAAAAAAAAAAAAGAAUAAAAAAAUCCUUGCACUCCGUUAAUCCUAACGUUAGCCAGCAGGGAGUGCCCAAGGUGUAGAAAUGACAAACACAAAGUAUGAUAAUGGCACCAGCAUUCUGCUGCACAAGCUUGAUUGUUUGGUCAUUGUCCAGACUUAAGAGUGUGCUGACCUUGGGCACCGCCUCCCUUCACCCAUCACUAACCCAGCCUUCUCUGUACCGUGACAACACACAUAACAAAAAUAACUUUCUUUUUCAAAAAAAAAAAAAAAUAUAUAUAUAUAUAAAUUACUGCUCAAAUGAUUGUGUUACGUGGCACUGGCAGUUUUAUCAAGAUAAAAUUAAAAAGGAAAAAUCUUUCACAAGAGACAGCUAUAAGGUAUCAGAGAAACACAUUCUACUCAUGUUAUCUAACCAGCUUCUUGGCUGUUCGGUGUUCAGCUAGCUAACAGCUAAAGUACAUAUACGUAAGCUUUUUGACAGGAUGGGAAAUGCUUGAUUCAUGUAUUUAGCAUAUCAGGAUGUCUUACAGUCAGAACACAUUGCCCCCACAUUAACCACAGGGUUUGCACUUGUUAAGACAUGGCUCAGAAUGAUACAGACCAUGGCCUAUUUUUAUUUGUUUAUUUUAAAGUAUUUGUAGCACAAUGUCUUUGUGAAACCAGCAGUUGCUUGAGUGCUCCACCCAACAAGCUUACAAGCCGAGACAUAGAUCUGCUUUUCUAGUCUGAUCACUAUUAAUUAGCUCAACACAAAAGGCAAAUAUCAGAUGUUUUUCAGUGACCAAAUAACCAGUAACAAAGCACACAACUUCCCCCAUUGCCGUGUUUUAUUGCCCCACACUACACAGAACAAUAACUCAGGUCAUGUGGAAUGUACUUGCUUGGACUAUGUUGCCUUUCCCCAGUGUUCAUGACUUUCUUCUACAGAAAGACUUUUGUCUUUUGCAGAAAUGCUUAAUUUGUUUUUUCCCUGGAGAGGGAAUUUAUUACGGACCGAUUGGUGUCACAUCUUGUGACAGAUGACUUUUGCGUUAACCCGUUCAGGUUAGAGUUUCAGGUGCUAUGACACAUUCCAGAGAUCGCCGUUGCAUAGGUCAACCGUGAGUACUUGCGCGUAAGCGGAACUAUAGCUACAUAAGCUACACCCUCCCAAAUUGAGAAGUUGAUAGAUAUGUUGUUUGUUUCUCCCCUUUUGUUAAAUAUGUACCAAAGCAGGCCUGUCAUAUAUUUGGGACACAAGAGGAACCCUUUUUUGUGCCAGAAGAAGAAUGUUUAUGUGCAUUUCGUUAAGUUUAUAAACAGUUCAGCGACAUAUAAACACUGGUUCAUAGUGUUUCAAAACACAGGCGGUAAUCGUUGAACCAAGCCUAAGCACUUACUUGGAAGUGAGAUGAUAAUCACUAUUUUUAUUUUAGACCAAUUUGUAAGUUAAAACAAUCAGAACUUGAGUGUGCAAUUGAUUUUUUGUUUGAAGUAAAGCUACACUAACAUUUUUGUGGAACAGUUUUGCUCAAUAUAUAGAUCGAACCACAUGUGCCCUAACGUUACCUGCACAAGUUGUAUCUCCAGAACAUAUUUAAAGAUAAAAAAAACAAAAAAACAUGACUGAUUUAGACAUGUUAGCGUUGAAUGAGAGACAUAAACUAGUAAAUGUUUCAUUCCAAAACGUGUCUAUUAAGCCACUUGCACACAUAAACACAAAUGUGAACAAUAUGCAACACAUUCCACACAUUAAGUUGAAAUAUGCUCUCCUGCUUGCAGCUCCAAGAGUUUCAAUCAUACCAAUUUUGAUUUUAUUCAUAAGCUCAUUGUGCAGUGCAGUUGAGAUGAUUCAGUUCUCCUGUGUAUUACGCAUUUUUAUGUAGAUCUUGUGUGUGUGUUUUUCAAUAAAGAAAACAAAAAAAA